AUGCCGAUUACCGAAAGAACUCCGUUGCUUGUUGUCCUACUAGCUCCACCCCGCCGCCGAUAUCGUCAUUCCACACUUCGUCGUGUUUGUACUCUCACCCUUGCUACCAUACUAGGUAUCGCAGUGGUUCUUUUUCUUAUCCCUUGCGCGGUCCUCCCUCGCGACCACGGGUCAAUAUGGUCCUCUUGGCCCCACGGAAACGGCCUCAACUAUACAACUUUGCAAGAGAUCCUCCAGACCGUCCCAAGCCCAGAGAAGGCCAAGGAAUGGAGCAGAUAUUAUACGUCGGGUCCACAUUUAGCGGGCAAAAAUCUGAGCCAGGCCUUAUGGACUCAGGAAAAAUGGCAGGAAUAUGGCCUUGAAACUAGCAUCUCGUCUUAUGACAUAUACAUCAACUACCCGGUCAGUCAUAGAUUGGCAUUGAUUGAAAGAAAUAGGAAAAAUAUGACUGUGAAGUUUGAAGCCACUUUGGAAGAAGAUAUCUUGGCUAGGGAUUCCACCACGGGCUUAAAUGGUCGUAUCCCUACUUUCCACGGGUACUCGGCAAGUGGGAAUGUCACAGCCCGAUAUGUCUAUGCCAAUUUCGGAACGUACCAUGAUUUCGAUGAUCUGCUGAAAGCGAACAUAAGCCUCGAAGGGAAAAUCGCUUUAGUGAAAUACGGUGGUAUCUUCCGUGGCUUGAAAGUGAAGCGUGCACAGGAGCUCGGGAUGGUGGGCCUUGUUGUGUAUUCCGACCCCCAGGCGGAUGGCGAUAUAACUGAAGCCAACGGCUAUAAGCCGUAUCCGGAAGGCCCCGCUCGCAAUCCUAGCGCGGUGGAGCGGGGUAGUGUGCAAUUUUUAACCAUUUCGCCCGGUGACCCAACGACCCCAGGAUAUGCUUCUACCCCAGGCUGUCCUCGCCAAAACCCGAAUCACUCAAUUCCGUCAAUUCCCUCACUCCCAAUAUCGUUCAAAGAUGCUAUACCGCUUCUUAAAGCCCUCAAUGGACAUGGACCUGAAGCUUCCGAUUUCAAUGCCCACUGGCAAGGUGGCGGUCUUGGCCAUAAAGGGGUAGAUUACAAUAUUGGCCCAAGUCCAGAAAACGUUGUCCUGAAUCUUUACAAUGAGCAGGAGUACGUUACAACCCCAAUCUGGAAUGUAAUCGGAGUCAUCAAGGGCUCCAUUCCAGAUGAAGUCGUUAUUAUGGGUAAUCACAGAGAUGCGUGGAUUGCAGGCGGGGCCGGGGAUCCGAAUAGUGGUUCCGCCGCUUUGAACGAAGUCAUUCGCAGUUUUGGAUAUGCUAUGAAGGCUGGUUGGAAACCCCUUCGUACCAUUGUCUUUGCCAGUUGGGAUGGCGAGGAAUACGGUUUGAUUGGCUCCACAGAAUGGGUUGAGGAGAAUCUUACCUGGCUCUCUAACUCCAUAGUUGCGUACCUCAAUGUCGACAUGGCUACGAGUGGACAUCAUUUCACCGCACAAGCCAGCCCUUUAUUAAAUAAAGCUAUCUAUGAGGCAACGGGACUUGUCCUUUCCCCCAACCAGACCGUCAAAGGUCAGACUGUCCUUGACGUCUGGGGUGGCGAAAUCUCCACGAUGGGAAGCGGAAGUGAUUUCACUGCGUUCCAGGAUUUUGCCGGCAUCGCCAGCCUCGAUUACGGUUUUAGGUCGAGGGCUGGGGACGCGAUAUACCAGUAUCAUUCAAAUUAUGACAGUUUUGAUUGGAUGAAUCGCUACGGCGACCCGAAUUGGACAUACCAUGUUGCCGCUGCGAAAGUCUGGUCUUUAACAGCUGCAUACCUCGCAGAGAAACCUGUCUUGGGUUUGAAUGCAACCGACUACGCCAAUGGGUUAGCCACGUACUUAGCUUCGGCGAAAGAGAAAGCUGCCACAGGAUUCAGCUUCAAAUCACUUGAUGUCGCGAUUGCGAAACUACGUAAAGCUGCAGUUGUUUUUGACGCAUACACUGCAUCACUGACAGAACAGCUCGAUGAACAUCUACCCUGGUGGCAUUGGUGGAAGAAGAUACGGCUUUACUUCAAAAUUCGCACUGCAAACGACAAAUAUAAAAACCUGGAACGGAAAUUCUUGCACCAGGAUGGCCUAGAUGGGCGAAAUUGGUUCAAGCAUGUUGUUUUUGCUCCGGGGUUGUGGACUGGAUAUUCCGGUGUGACAUUUCCUGGCCUCGUCGAGAGCUUGGAGAGCGGUAAUUUGGAUAAUGCUAAGAAAUGGAGAGAUAUUAUUAAGGAGAAAAUUGACGAAGCCACAGCGUUACUACUAUGAUACGUUUCAACACAAAAUAAGAAUAAAGCUUCAGGUUUAACAACCGGUAUGAAAAGGGUUCAAACGUUACAACCGCGUCCCUUAUUCGGCUUAAAAACGAAUGGUUUUGCCUCCAGAUUUUCAGUACUUCACGAUUUUAUGACUUCAAAUUUUGGAUCUGUUAAUAGGCUUUUGGUAAAUUCCAUCUCCAAACCCAACCCAUUUACCUGGAUACAAAGCGGAAAACUGUUCGGUAUCUGUCUCACUUUGAUCCCAGUAUUGGCUAAAAACGAGAAUAUUGAUGUUUGCUGCAACUUUAAAUUAUUUGGAUAUCCCAUAUCCCAGCUAUUUAGCAAUAUAUGUCUGUUGCUAUGAUUUUUC